GGUUCAGCAGACGUGGGUAUCUCCCAACCUCCACGAGCGUCGCUGGAAACCAACUACUAUCUCUGGCACACCACUUUAGACCGCUAUCAUGGCACCAGCAUUUCAAAAGCCACCGGCGAAAGAUGGCCAGAAUGCUAGCAAAAUGAAGCAGAAGAGCCUGAUGUCCUUCUUCUCCAAGCCACCCACUACGUCGACCUCAACACCCAAUGGUGCGUCAGCGAAGCCUUUGGCGGCUGCAAGCAACUCAGACACGUCUUCAGACCCAGUCUUGCCGGAAGCGCGGACUCCAGUGUCAAAGAAGACACCAGGUUCAGGUGUCGUCGCGGAUGCGAGCUAUACGCGUAGCUCCGAUGACGCGAGCAGUUUUGCUCAGACACCUCCGACUAGCGACCCCAUUGACGUAGACAUGCUGUCCGCGGAAGAGGAUGAAGGGAAGGCGAAAAACUCCAAGUCUGCUGCCACCGUAGCUAGGAAGAAACGCAAGAUUAUCCUCGAAGACUCGGAUGAGGAUAUGCAAGACUUAGACGUGGAGGCGUACCAGAAAGGUUUAUCCGCAUACAAGCCGUCUCCCGAGCCACAAGAGAAGAAAGGCCGUGCAAAGAAGCAGCGCAUCGCCGUCAUGCUGUCGGAUGACGAAGAUGAAGACGAGUCAGCUGUCACAUCCUUCUCGCAAAGGCUUACGAAAUUCAGGCCUCCGGAAAAGGCUGAGCCAAAACGUCGGGCAUCUAAGGUAGAUGACGACGACGAUUUCGUCGUUCCCGAUGAUGCUUCUGAAGACGAAGACGAGGAGGCCUCGCCUACUUCACACGGCCAGUCGAGAACAUCAGGGUCUUCUUCGCGCGCGUCCUCCCGCCUUUCCAACUAUGCGCAUACAUCUGCCUCUGAGGGCGAAGAAGGCCUUCCGGAGCCGAGCUCUCGUCGCGAGCGCCCCAAACUCGCCAAAAAGUCCAUUCCCAAGGGUGGUAGCAGCAACAUCUUCCUUACCGCAGCCGAGCAGCGACAGCAGGCACAGAAAGAAGAGAAGAAGAGCAACGAAGAUCCGUUUGGCUUCUUGGUUGACGUUCGGGACAAGGACGGUGUACGCCCUAGUGAGCCUGGAUACGAUCCUAGGACGCUGUAUAUACCACCGAAAGCCUGGAAGGCGUUCACACCCUUUGAGAAACAGUUCUGGGAGAUCAAGCAAAACCACUUUGACACUGUCCUGUUCUUCCAGAAGGGCAAGUUCUUGGAACUAUAUGAGGAAGACGCGCGGAUUGGCCACCAGGAGUUCGAUCUCAAGCUCACGUCGAGGGUCAAGAUGAGCAUGGUCGGUGUGCCCGAACAGAACUUCAACUUCUGGGCAGCGAAGUUCCUUGCGAAGGGAUACAAGGUUGGUCGCGUCGACCAGGCUGAAACGGCAUUGGGUGCCGAAAUGCGCCUCGCCGCAGAUAAGGGCAAGACGAAAGCGAAGGCUGCCGCAGGCGCUGACAAGAUUGUGCGGCGCGAGCUGAACAAGGUGUACACGAACGGGACUCUUGUCGACGAGGCACUGCUCACAGACGAUCAAGCGGGUCACUGCGUUUCUAUUCGUGAGGAGGGGGAGGAGGAUCCGAAGACCGGCAAGCAGAAGUUUGGGUUGUGUGUGCUCGACAGCAGCACGAGCGAGUUCAACCUCAGCGCAUUUGAGGACGAUAUAUGUCGCACGAAGCUCGAGACGAUGGUCAGACAGCUGCGACCAAAGGAGAUUGUAUUCACCAAGGGCAAUAUUUCUGUCCCAACGAUGCGUUUGCUUAAGGCCAUUCUGCCAUCGAACUGUCUGUGGACAAGCUUGCGGGACUGUGAAGGUCUGUCCUUCGAUGCCACCAUCAAAGCGCUCAAGGAGCUCUAUCCCUCCUCUCUGGACGACGAUGACGACCUGGAGCCGCGACCCCAUAGCCUCAGCAAAUCCGUGCCAGAGGCGAUACUCAACAUGGUUCGCUACGAGGGCGCAGUCGAGGCACUCGGCUCGAUGAUCUGGUACCUACGGACGCUCAAUAUCGGCAACGACAUCUUGAGCAUGAAGAAUUUCAACGUGUACGACCCAAUGAAGAGAGGACAGGGCUUAGUACUGGAUGGGCAAACCUUGGCACACAUUGAAGUUCUGGUCAACAGUGAGGGUACAGAGGACGGUUCGUUGCUCAAGCUCCUCAGUCAGUGUAUCACACCUUCCGGCAAACGACUAUUCCGUAUUUGGCUUUGUAUGCCUCUUCGAGAUAUCGCAGACAUCAAUGCCCGGCUCGACGCAGUGCAGGACCUCAUCGACCAUCCCACCUUUGAGGCCGAGUUCAACGAGGUCGCUAAAGGCCUCGGUGACCUGGAGCGCAUUGUAUCGCGCGUUCACGCGAAAAAUUGUAAGGUGAAGGACUUCCUGAAAGUGCUUGAUUCAUUCAAGACCCUUAGCAAGGGGCUCUCCGCCCUUGCCGACACGGCCGAAGGCUUCAAGUCUAGGACUGUCUUUGGCCUCCUUAGGUCUGCUCCGGACCUGGCGCCUCACAUCAAGAAUGUGAAAGCAAUGUUCGAGAUUACUGAGGGUAGCGACGAGCUAAUGCCUCGCGAGGGCAAGGACGAGGAGUACGAUUCAGUUAUGGAGGAAAUCAAUGAAUUAGAGCGAACUCUGGAAACGGAGCUGAAGAAGCUCGAAAAGAAGCUAGGGAUCAAGUUGUCGUACUGGCAUAGUGCUCAGGGCACCAAGGAAAUUUACCUGGUGCAGACGAAGCCUAACGAAGACGUUCCACGCAGCUGGACUAAGAGCGGCAGCACGAAAGCCGCCGCUCGAUGGACUGUCCCUGAGCUCGCCCCAACGAUUCGAUCGCUCAAGGAGGCGCGCGAGAACCGUAACACUGCAAUCAAGUCUUUCAAACAUCGGGUGUAUGCUGAGUUCGACAAGGACCGCUCCGUGUGGCUGCGCGCUGUGCGCGUGCUUUCGGAGCUCGACUGCCUUUUCUCACUCGCCAAAGCCUCUGUCGCACUCGGUGAGCCGGCAUGCAGACCCGAGCUUGUCGCAGGUGACGAGGCAUUUGUCGACUUUGAGGAGCUGAGACAUCCGGCGCUGAGCGUCAGCGCUGGGUUCAAGGGCGAUUUCAUCCCCAAUGAUGUGAAGCUCGGUGAAAACGUUGGGAGGAUAGUGCUACUGACGGGCCCGAAUAUGGGAGGCAAAUCUACGGCCAUGCGUAUGACCGCUGCCGGAGUGAUCAUGGCCCAGCUCGGAAUGUUUGUGCCAGCGAAGCGGGCUAAGCUAUGCCCUGUGGACGCUAUCCUUACUCGCAUGGGUGCCUAUGACAACAUGUUCUCGAAUGCCAGCACGUUCAAGGUCGAAUUAGACGAAUGCUGCAAGAUUUUGCGAGAGGCCACCCCGCGGUCACUGGUCAUCCUUGAUGAGCUUGGAAGAGGUACUUCGACUUAUGACGGCAUGGCUAUUGCGGGCGCGGUCUUACAUCAGCUUGCAACCCAUACCCUGUCGCUAUCAUUCUUUGCGACCCACUAUGGCUCGUUGACGGAUGACUACGCAUAUCACCCCAACAUCAGGAACAUGCACAUGGCGACUCAUGUCGAUGACGAGAACAGAGAGCUCAUCUUCCUGUACAAACUCGUCGAAGGCGUUGCCUCCUCCUCCUUCGGCACACAUGUUGCCAACCUCGCUGGGGUUCCACAAGAAGUCAUACAGCGCGCCGAGAUCGUCUCAGACAAUUUUGCGAAACAGUUCAAAGAAAAGAUGGAGGGCAACAAGCGGAGCGGCGCCUCGCGGCUGCCGCUGCCCGUCCAAGCAGACUUUUCCUAUCUCUUUCAUCUGGCCGCGGGGAAGGCGGAGCUGCCCGCAGAUAAGGUCCGCAGGAGGGAAGUGCUCAAAGUCCUGAAAGCGGCUGUGAAGGGGUAUUUGAGCCACGCGGCAGCCACUGUCGCUUAGGCAAAUUUUAGGACUAACAACUCACCGUUACGUAUAUGCUUUGCUGUCUUCUGCUAUGUAAACUGCACUUGUUUUAUGGAUGUCGUACUGCUGUAUAUACUUGUUAUUUGCGCAUUUCCGGAUCGUAUACCUCACAUAAUUCCAGAAUCUUAACCGUCAGGUCAUGGGAUGCAAAUAAAGUUGCCGAGACAAUUAAUGCAGGAGCGCGAGCUAGGCGGGAUGAUACUGUAGGAUAUCGUGCUACCGACUGCAGCGCGACAUAAAGGUAUCUGAAACGAAUAUGACCAUUGGCUGUUUAAACAUCAGUCUAACGUGAGAUCGAUGACAUCCCCGCUCGAUGACAUCCUUAUAGGGCUCGGCUCGCGUUUUACGACUUGUGAUUCGCUAAGCUUUGUACGGAUGGCGUUCAUAUUGGCUUUCAAUGAGUCCAUCGUCGUGGCCAUCGCGUCUAGCUGUGCCUAGAAAGAAGCUGUC